AUUAUGUGGGACAGAAUAGACAAAAGCUUAGGAAUACUGGAUCUCCCUGAUAAGAUUGCUCCUUAUGAUAUGGCCAGGCCACCAAGCGUAAAUUCCACUGCGUUCUGCAGGAUUUGGCCUAAUGUCAAUGAGAAGCCCAACGGUCCAAGAGGGAUCACGUGAAUGCAAUGUUUGGCAGGGCCCACAGAGCCCAGGCUGCAACUUCUCUGAAGCCGGCCCUUGCAGGAACUUUUCACAAAAGUCAGUUGAAGCAGAUUCUAGAGAUGUGAUAGAAACCAGGGGAAAAUGUGCAUUGAGUUCUUCUAAAUAAGGAGAUCAGUGGAUAAACUGUGCUUCUCCAGAGUCCUGGCCUCAAAUGUCUCAAAAAUUUCAAGCUCCUCAAGUGUUAGCAUUUUGCUCUGACUUUAACAAACGUAUAAGAGGAAAAAAAUCAGAGUCCUCACAACUUGAAACUGUCUCCUGCAUGCAGAGUAAGGAAUUCAGGAAGAAAACAUGCGGAGGGAUCCUUGAUAAAUUUCAAUUGAAGGGCAAAAUGAUUAAGAGAGAAAUAAGUGUGUGUCAACAGACAUGGGCAUUAUUAUGCAAGAACCUUCUGAAGAAAUGGAGAAUGAAAAGAGAGUCCUUGAUGGAAUGGUUGACCGCAUUGCUCCUCCUACUUUGUUUGUAUCUAUAUCCUACUAAUCAUAAAGUUAAUGAUUUCUCUUCACUGCCUGCUGUGGACCUGGGACCGGUAGACUCAUUUAAAGAUUCUACAUUUUCUAUUAUAUACACACCUGUCACCAAUUCAACCCAACAGAUAAUGAGUAAAGUAGCCUUAGCUUCCUUCAUGAAAGAUAUAAAAGUUUUGGGGCUGUCCAGUGAAGAAAAUAUUAAAGAAUUAAUGCCAAAUUAUCCUGAGGAAGUAAUACAAGUCAUCUUCACUAAUACAUUCUCAUAUCAUUUGAAAUUCUUGCUGGGAUACAGAAUCCCAGCAAAAAAGGAACACAGGGACCAUGAAGCUCAUUGUUUUAAAAUGAGUGGAGGUGUUAACUGCCAAGUUUCACAAUACUGGGAGAGAGGUUUCGUCGCUCUUCAAGCUGCUAUCAAUGCUGCUAUUAUAGAAACUGCAACAAAUCAUUCAGUGAUGGAGGAAUUGAUGUCCGUUACUGGAAAAAACAUGAAGAUACAUCCCUUUGUCAGUCAAGGGGGCAUUGCAGCUGAUUUCUUCAUUUUCUUCUGUGUUAUUUCCUUUUCCUCAUUCACUUAUUAUGCAUCUCUUAACAUUACAAGAGAGAGGAAAAAGAUGAAGGGCUUGAUGAGGAUGAUGGGUCUUCAGGAUUCAGCAUUCUGGCUCUCCUGGGGUCUACUCUAUGGUGUUUUCAUCUUUAUUAUGGCACUUUUCUUGGCACUUAUUAUAAAAUCUGUCCAGUUUGUCAUUCUGACUGGCUUCAUGGCGAUCUUCACCAUCUUUUUCCUCUAUGGAUUGUCUUUGAUAGCUUUGGCUUUUCUAAUGAGCGUCUUGGUAAAGAAAUCUUUCCUCACUGGUCUGGUCAUGUUCCUUCUCACCGUCUUUUGGGGAAGUUUGGGAUUUACAGCACUGUACAGGCAACUUCCUACAUCCUUGGAGUGGAUUUUAAGCUUUCUUAGCCCGUUUGCCUUCAUGCUUGGAAUGGCCCAGCUUUUGCGCACAGACUAUGAUUUGAAUUCCAGUGCAUUUCCUAAUCCAUCAGACUACUCAAAUCUGAUAAUAGCAACAAAUUUCAUGUUGGCUUUUGAUCUUUUCUUCUAUGUGGCAUUGACGAUUUAUUUUGAGAAAAUUUUGCCAAAUGAAUAUGGACACGGAUAUCCCCCCUUGUUUUUCCUGAAGUCCUCCUUUUGGUCACGGCAACAGAAAGCUGAUCAUGUGGUCCUCGAAGAUGAAAUCGAUUCCAAUCCUUCAUCUAAUGACUCCUUUGAACCAAUGCCUCCAGAAUUCCAUGGGAAAGAAGCCAUCAGAAUCAGAAAUGUUACAAAAGAAUAUAAAGGAAAGCCUGAUAAAAUAGAAGCAUUGAAAGAUCUGGUAUUUGACAUAUAUGAAGGCCAAAUCACUGCAAUACUUGGUCACAGUGGAACUGGAAAAUCAACACUGUUAAACAUUCUUAGCGGGCUAUCUGUUCCCACCAAAGGCUCAGUCACCAUUUAUAACAAUAAACUUUCAGAAAUGACUGACCUAGAGAAUAUCAUCAAGCUCACUGGAAUUUGUCCACAAUCCAAUGUGCAGUUUGACUUCCUCACUGUGAAAGAAAAUCUCAGGCUCUUUGCGAAAAUAAAAGGAAUUCAGUCGCAUGAACUGGCCAAAGAGAUACAGAGAAUUUUGCUGGCAUUGGAGAUGAAAAAUAUUCAAGACGUCUUGGCUCAAAACUUAAGUGGUGGACAGAAAAGAAAACUCAGCUUUGCAACUGCUCUUUUAGGGGAUCCUCAGGUUUUCCUAUUGGAUGAACCAACUGCUGGAUUGGAUCCCUUUUCAAGGCACCAGGUUUGGAACCUCCUGAAGGAGCAGAGAGCAGACCGUGUGAUCCUCUUCAGUACCCAGUUCAUGGAUGAGGCUGACAUCCUGGCUGAUAGGAAAGUGUUUCUCUCCAAUGGGAGGCUGAAGUGUGCAGGUUCUUCUCUGUUCCUAAAGAAGAAAUGGGGCAUUGGAUAUCACUUAAGUUUGCAGUUGAAAGAAAUGCAUGUUCAGGAAAAUAUAACAUCACUUAUUAAACAGCACAUCCCUGAUGCCAAAUUAUCAGCAGAAAGUGAAGGAAAACUUGUCUACACAUUGCCCUUAGAAAGAACAAAUAGAUUUCCAGCACUUUAUGAGGAUCUGGAUAGACGUCCUGGCCUGGGGAUUGAGAAUUACGGUGUUUCCAUGACAACCUUGAACGAAGUGUUCCUGAAACUGGAAGGAAAAUCAGCUGUGGAUGAACCAGAUAUUGCCACGUUGGGAGAAGCACAGGCAGAAAGAACCAGAGACACAGAGAGGCUUGUUGAGACGGAACAAGUUCUCAGUUCACUCAAUGAGAUGACAAAGACAAUAGGGGGCCUGGCUCUCUGGAGACAGCAACUCUGCACGGUUGCAUGGGUUCGCUUCUUGAAGUUAAAGCAUGAAAGAAAAGCUCUCUUAUCUCUGCUCUUGAUUCUAGGAGUUGGAAUUUGCCCUCUUCUUUUGAAGAAUAUCAUCACUAAAAUAUAUGAAAAGAGCUACACUUGGGACCUUUCUCCUCAUUUAUACUUCCUUGCUCCAGGACAGCAAUCACAUGAUCCUCUCACUCAGUUAUUGAUCAUCAAUAAAACAGGGACAAGCAUUGAUGAUUUUAUACGUUCUGUGGAGCAUCAGAACAUAGCUUUGGAAGUGGAUAUAUUUGGAACUAAAAAUGGCCUGGAUGACCCAUCUUAUAAUGGAGCCAUCAUAGUAUCUGGUAAUACAAAGAAUUACAGAUUUUCAUUAGCAUGCAAUAGCAAAAGACUAAAUUGCUUCCCGGUUCUUAUGGAUAUUAUUAGUAAUGCGCUACUUGGAAUGAUUACACCAUCAGCACAUAUCCAAACUGACAGAAGUACAUUUUUAAGGGACAGAAGGAGUAAUCCAUAUGAAUUCCAGGGAUAUUCCAUGCCCUGGUUGAUUUUGAUAUCCUCAUGUACUCCUUAUAUUGCCAUGAGCAGCAUUGAUGAUUAUAAGAGCAAAGCUCAGUCCCUGCUAUGGGUUUCGGGCCUCUUCCCUUCUGCAUACUGGUGUGGGCAGGCACUGGUGGAUGUUCCGGUGUACUGCUUGAUCUUCCUUCUUAUGUAUUUGAUGGACUACGGUUUAAAUGCCCAAGACACUCUAUUUACAGUGGUAAAUCAGAUUAUACAAAUCCUGUGUGCGGUUGGCUAUGCCGCCUCCCUUAUCUUCUUGACAUAUGUAAUUUCAUUCAUUUUUCACAAGGGGAAAAGAAAUAGUGGCAUUUGGUCUUUUUGCUUCUGUAUGAUCACCAUCUUCUCUGUGUUUGUAUUGCUGUUUGAACACUAUGGACAUGUCGCACUGUACUGUGUCACCUUUUUAGUACCACACGCCACGUUAAUUGGCUGUAUGUUCUUAUAUUUUCAGGUGUUCAUAUUUUAUCUCCAGAAGGAAGAAUCCAGAAGUACAGGGCUAUUUCUGGUAUUCUUAAUUCCGUUCCUGCAUUUUAUCAUCUUCCUUUUUAUUCUUCGAUGUCUGGAAUGGAAGUUUGGAAAGAAACCAAUGAGGAAGGAUCCCUUCUUUAGAAUUCCUCCAAGAAGCAACGAUGCUUAUCAAAAUCCAGAAGCACCAGAAGGGGAGGAUGAAGAUGUUCAACGGGAAAGAAUGAGAACAGCAGAUGCCUUGAAUUCCACAAGCUUUGAUGAGAAACCGGUCGUUAUCUUCAGCUGCCUGCGCAAAGAGUAUGCAGGGAAAAGGAAAUGCUGCUUUUCCAAGAGGAAGAAGAAAAUCGCCACAAGAAAUGUCUCUUUCUGUGUUAGAAAAGGUGAGGUUUUAGGAUUAUUAGGACACAAUGGAGCUGGGAAAAGCACAUCCAUCAAGGUGAUAACCGGAGACACGAAACCAACUGCUGGACAGGUGCUACUAAAAGGGAGCAGCGGGGAGGGCUCCUUGGGCUUCCUGGGGUACUGUCCCCAAGAGAACGUGCUGUGGCCCAAUCUGACUGUGAAGGAGCACCUGGAGGUGUUUGCUGCCAUCAAAGGACUGAGGAAAGCGGACGCAGCCAUCACCAUCUCGAGGUUGGUGGAUGCGCUCAAGCUGCAGGACCAGCUGAAGCUGCCCGUGAAGGCCUUAUCUGAGGGAAUAAAGAGGAAGGUGUGCUUCGCGCUGAGCGUCCUGGGAAACCCAUCGGUGAUGCUUCUGGACGAGCCGUCCACGGGGGUGGACCCCGAGGGACAGCAGCAGAUGUGGCAGGUGAUCCGGGCCACCUUCAAAGACACAGAGAGGGGCGCCCUCCUGACGACCCACUACAUGGCAGAGGCUGAGGCCGUGUGUGACCGCGUGGCCAUCAUGGUGUCCGGAAGGCUGAGAUGUAUCGGUUCCAUCCAACACCUGAAGAGUAAAUUUGGUAAGAAUUAUCUGCUGGAGAUGAAGGUGAAGACCCCCGAGCAGAGGGAAAGCCUCCAUCGUGAAAUUCUGAGGGUUUUCCCCCAGGCUGCCCGGCAGGAAAGGUACUCUUCUGUGAUGGUGUAUAAACUGCCAGUGGAAAAUGUGCGACCUUUAGCACAAGCUUUCUGCACAUUAGAAAAGGUUAAACAGAGCUUCCACCUGGAGGAGUACAGCCUCUCCCAGUCCACCCUGGAGCAGGUUUUCCUGGAGCUCUCCAAGGAACAGGAGCUGGAUGACUUUGAUGAAGAACUUGAUCCUUCAGUGAAGAGGAAACUCCUCCCACAGGAAGACCCUUAAAGCCCCAAAUACCCUAUGUUUCUGUUCAAGCAUGUGGUUGUUUUUUAAGACUUUUUUUUGUAGCAUCAAUGUCAUAUUUUUAGAAACUGUAUUAUAAACAUUGACAUGGUUCUUCCUGUGGUGGAGAGGAGGAGGGAGCAAUGCCUGGGCAGUUCCGGCUACCGCGUGGACAGAGGCCUGUGGCUGAGCCCGCCCCCCAGUCACUGCCUCUGUGUCUCUGCAGGUCACCCUGAUUCCACUUUUCUGUACAAUACUGAAUAAAUAAAUUUACUUUUAUGAGGUUGUUUCAUUUUUUUUUAGUACCGUAAGCACAUUUUGUUUAAUUUUUUAUCAAAACCUUAAAAAAUACUUUUUUCUAACCUGAGCUGGGAAGUCUGUACAUUUAUUCUUCUACAAGUUUGAUACUUUGUGAAGCUGGUAUUUUAAUAAGAACUUUAAGUGAUCAUGUCAAAAGCAUCAUACUUUUUAAAAUAGAUUUCCGUGUAUAUUCUUAUGGCUUAAAAAUAUUAAACCAUCAUUGGCCAUAAUAUCUGAUAUCAAUAUAUUUGAAAAUGUAUCUGCUGGUAACACUUAUCAAUAUUAUAGACAUAGUCUGAUACUUGCUAUUAGGAAUUUAUUGUACUUUUUGAAUUUCUGUGAAUCAGUGAAGUCCCACUUUCAUUGUAUUUUAAAAUCGAGGCUUUAGAGUUACCUGUUUUUGUAACUGACCUUUUGUGGAUAUUUGCCACUUGGUCUAAGAAUAUUGAUCCAUGUAGUAAGAAGUCAAAUGACCAAGUUGGUGGGAAAUAAAAAUCUUAUAUGUGCAGUUUUGAAAUACAUUUUCUAUUUCAAGUAUUUUCACGUGUCUUUUUCUCGACUAAGUGGCCUCCCUAUUUACAAAUUCGUUGAAAUCAAAUUGAAAAAAGUUCUGAUAUAAGAGCUAGUUUACUGCUUUCAUCAACAUGUUACCAAAUUGUAAAGAAAGAAAAAACACCACACCAUGAUUAAGGAAGUUAAAGAUGGUGGCAAACAGAGACAUUUCCUAGAACAGUGUUGGGUUUUUGUUUUUGUUUUUGUUUUUUAAAUACCGGCUGUGAUUACCUUGCAUAAAAUGUAGUUAAACAAGAUUUUCUGAGUUAUGAAGAUGAUUCUCUGAGCAGAUUUCCCCUCCAGUUCUGACUUUGCAUGUCUUUUCUUCCCUUUGGAAUCCCUGAUCCUCUCAGACUCAGAUAAUUUUGAACAGCUCGGAAAAUUCUGUUCUGGAGAGCACACCUCCCACGCUCUCUUCCCAAGGUCCAUUUGCUCAUCUUGUGCUGGUGCGUGGUAUGUGCCGGCAGGCUGGUUUGUGCAAACGCACCCUGAUCGCC